GGCGCCCGCGGCGGCCCCGAGGCGCCGGGCGGGCCGUUUGCUGACCGGAUCGCGGCUGCCCGCCAGCGUGUCCGCGGCGCCGCCGCCAGCAUGGGCUGCGCCCCGAGCAUCCACAUUUCCGAAAGCCGGGCUGUGUACCACGGCGGCAAGGAGGCCGAGGACGCGCCGGGCCCCGCGGCGCCGCCGCUGCCGCCCGGCGGGCCGCGCCUCCCACCCGGCCAGAAGACGGCCGCCGCGGCCGGGUCCCGCGGCGCCAGCCUCGCGGAGUCUGAGCCUCGCGGCUGCAGCGGCAGUAAGGUAUCAGUAGCUGGCGUGCAAUUUGGCCCCAUGAGAUUUCAUCCAGAUCAACUCCAGGUACUUUUAGUGUUUACCAAAGAAGAUAACCAGUGUAAUGGAUUCUGUAGGGCAUGUGAAAAAGCAGGGUUUAAGUGUACAGUUACCAAGGAGGCUCAGACUGUCCUUGGCUGUUUCCUGGACAAACAUCAUGACAUCAUUAUCAUAGACCACAGAAAUCCCCGGCAGCUGGAUGCAGAGGCGCUAUGCAGGUCUAUCAGAUCAUCAAAACUCUCAGAAAACACAGUUAUUAUUGGUGUAGUUCGCAGGGCUGAUAGAGAAGAAUCAUCCGUAAUGUCCCUCCUUGCUGCUGGCUUUACAAGGAGGUAUGUAGAAAACCCCAGCCCCAUGGCCUGUUACAAUGAACUGCUCCAGCUGGAGUUUGGAGAGGUGCGAUCACAGCUAAAACUCAGGGCUUGUAACUCAAUAUUCACUGCAUUAGAGAAAAGUCAAGAAGCAAUUGAAAUUACAAGUGAAGACCACAUUAUACAGUAUGCAAACCCGGCAUUUGAAACAACAAUGGGCUAUCAGUCAGGUGAAUUAAUAGGGAAGGAGUUAGCAGAAGUGCCUAUAAAUGAAAAAAAGGCUGAUUUGCUCGAUACUAUAAAUUCAUGCAUCAGGAUAGGCAAGGAGUGGCAAGGAAUUUACUAUGCCAAAAAGAAAAACGGAGAUAAUAUACAACAAAAUGUGAAGAUAAUACCUGUCACUGGACAGGGAGGAAAAAUUAGACACUAUGUGUCCAUUAUCAGAGUGUGCAAUGGCAGCAAUAAGGCUGAGAAAAUAACUGAAUGUGUUCAGUCUGACACCCAUACAGAUAAUCAGUUGGGCAAACAUAAAGACAGGAGAAAAAGCUCCCUAGAUGUCAGAACUGUUGGCUCUCGAGCAAGCGAAGUUUCCAGCCAGAGACGACACUCCUCCAUGGCUCGGAUACAUUCCAUGACGAUCGAGGCACCCAUCACCAAGGUAAUCAAUAUUAUCAAUGCUGCACAGGAGAGCAGUCCCAUGCCUGUGACAGAAGCCUUAGACCGUGUGCUGGAAAUUCUAAGAACCACUGAAUUAUAUUCGCCGCAAUUCGGUGCUAAGGAUGAUGAUCCUCAUGCCAACGACCUCGUUGGGGGCUUAGUGUCUGAUGGUUUGCGAAGACUAUCUGGGAAUGAGUAUGUUCUUUCAACAAAAAACCUUCAACAGAUGUCCAGCACUAUAAUCACCCCCAUCUCCCUUCAUGACAUCCCACCGCGGAUAACUCGGGCCAUGGAAAAUGAGGAAUACUGGGACUUUGAUAUUUUUGAGUUGGAGGCUGCCACUCAUAAAAGGCCUUUGAUUUAUCUUGGUCUCAAAAUGUUUUCUCGCUUUGGAGUCUGUGAAUUCUUAAACUGCUCCGAGACAACACUGAGAUCGUGGCUACAAAUUAUCGAAGCCAAUUACCACUCUUCUAACCCCUACCACAACUCCACGCAUUCUGCCGACGUGCUGCAUGCCACUGCCUAUUUUCUCUGCAAGGAGAGGAUAAAGCAAACUUUAGAUCCACUUGAUGAGGCCGCUGCCCUCAUUGCAGCCACCAUUCACGACGUGGACCACCCUGGGAGAACCAACUCCUUCCUGUGUAAUGCUGGCAGCGAGCUGGCCAUCCUGUACAACGACACUGCGGUGCUGGAGAGCCACCACGCGGCCUUGGCCUUCCAGCUGACCAAUGGAGAUGACAAAUGCAAUAUCUUUAAAAACAUGGAGAGGAAUGACUACCGGACCCUGCGCCAGGGUAUUAUCGACAUGGUCUUAGCCACAGAAAUGACAAAGCACUUCGAGCACGUCAACAAAUUUGUCAACAGCAUCAACAAGCCCUUGGCAGCAUUAGAGGAAAACAGGGAAACUGAUAAAGAUCAAGAAGCCAUAAACACUAUGCUUAGGACUCCAGAGAACCGAACUCUGAUCAAACGAAUGCUGAUUAAGUGUGCUGAUGUGUCCAACCCCUGCCGACCCCUGGAGCAGUGCAUUGAGUGGGCCGCACGGAUCUCAGAAGAGUAUUUUUCUCAGACAGAUGAAGAGAAGCAACAAGACUUGCCUGUGGUGAUGCCAGUUUUCGACAGAAAUACCUGCAGCAUCCCCAAAUCCCAAAUCUCUUUCAUUGACUACUUCAUCACAGACAUGUUCGACGCUUGGGACGCCUUUGUAGACCUGCCUGAGUUAAUGCAGCAUCUUGACAACAACUUUAAGUACUGGAAAGGACUGGACGAACUGAAGCUGCGGACCCUGCGCCCACCCCCGCAUCGUGCGCAGCCCUGCCCGGGGCCCUGACGCUCCGCCCCUCGGUCGCUUGUAAUUCCUGAGGGCUGCCAGGGUUCCUUGGUCCUUUCAGUGUUAGGCAAAGCCGUCCCCAGGUCUGCAGAGCCUGUAAGGACACGUGGGGACACCAGUGACCUUCUGUAGCCAUCAUCUGAUGCCACUGCCAUGAAGGGAGACACAGUCCUCUGUACCUGGGCCUGCUGCGGGGCUCGUCGGACAGUCCCGUGAGAACCACAGUUGGCAGUAGCUUUGGUUAGAACACGAGCUCGGGACCGCCCCUGCAAAGGCUACUGACGGACUUCCUGCCAGUGACAGAGAAUGUCUUGUUGCAAUUUCUCUCAGUUAUGCUGAGCACUUAAGAACAGCUAAUGGCAAUCAGAUCUUUUCCUCACAUCACAGAAGGUGCACGCGCUCACCCUGGGACACUACUGAAAGUGACUUCUAAAAUUGAACAGCAAAGGACAAAGAAAUUUUGAAGUUGAUUAUUAAUAUCAAUUAUUAAAAUGUGUUAUUUAUUUUAUUAGAAGUUCAAUAUUUUCUAUGAAUUUAAAAAUACUUCAAAGCCAAAGCCAACUUUAAAUGCUAUGACCAAAUUUACAUGAUUCAUAUUCAUUAUGUAUCGCUUAGUGUACAGACUUAUUUUCAUAAUGCAAAUUUAAAAUACAAAAUGACACAUUUUCACUGCACUAUAGAAAUAUUUGUGUAUGUUAAACUUUUCUGACUGAUGCUAAUUGGGAAAAGCUGUUUUGUCGGUGGGUCUGAUUCUAGGAGAGCCGAGUGAGAAGGGCUCCUGUGGGGGGGCCAGUGCUCGGACCUGCUCACGUGGCCUCAGCUCUGCAGGCAACUCCCCAAAGUGAAAAGAAACUAGGACUUCACACUUUUUUCCUAAAAUUUUAUAAUUGAGUUUCCAAAAAUCUGCCUUAUUUUAUACAGUAUUUCUAUAAAAUAUUCCCGAUAAAAACAAAGCAAAAACGGAGUAUUUAGUGAAUUGACAUUUUAUAACCAAUCUGUUUUCAUCUGUAUUGGGAAUCUUUGAUUCUAGGAAUUUAUAAAGGUUCUGUAUCUUCACAUUUUGAACUAGUACCACAAAAAAUGACACAUGAUGACAUGUCAAAGCUCUUGUUUCAUUUUAAACUCGUAUGUUUUCCAGAUAAAAAUGAAAUUGAACUAUUUGUUUUUAAGAAA